AUGGAUCAGAAAUGGAUUUCAAUCAUCUACUUUUUGUCAGUGGUCAGUGUUUCUGCAUACGUUCCUCAUCGGUAUCACUUCGUGAAUCAGAGUAAAAACUGGACUGAAGCUCAGAACUACUGCAGACAGACCUACACUGAUCUGGCCACCAUCAACAACAUGGACGAGAUGAAGAAGCUGAACGAGACUCUGAAGGAUGUGGUGAAGAGCUCUGCUUGGAUUGGUCUGAAGAGAGGGGACACUGGGAGGUGGCAGUGGUCUCUGGGAGGUUUCUACAGUGUAAAAGACUCGAAUUGGAAUAAAGGAGAACCAAAUAAUGAUGGUCGGAAUGAGUUCUGUGUUGCGAUGAAGAAAUAUUGGGGAAAGUGGCUUGAUGAAAGCUGUGGGCGUCAAUUUCCUUUUGUGUGUUUUGACGACAAGAAGAAAAACACUGAACCCUACAUUCUUGUUGAGGAGAAAAAGUCCUGGCAUGAUGCUCAGAGGCACUGCAGGCUGCAUCACAGAGACCUGACCAGUGUGAGAAACAAAAGUGAGAGAAAGCAGAUUGAGCAUGCCGUUAAAAUAUUGCACUUUUCUCGGCUUUGGAUCGGCCUGUUUAAUGAAUCCUGGGAGUGGUCAGAUAAGAGUAACGCCUCGUUCCGAUACUGGGAGUCAAGCCAGCCAGACAACCAAGAAAACAAUGAAAACUGUGCUACAGUGCACACGGUUGACCAGGGUUACUGGCACGAUGAGAACUGCAAAAAAACACAUCCGUUCAUCUGCCACGAGGGUGAGUUUUACAGUAUUUAAUUCAUUAAGUCAUUAACAAUGUCUAACCAGGCCAACAGGUUCAUGUGGGGGGCUUGCAUGGGUAAAACUAGGUGAGCUAGGUGGGUUCCAGGUGGGAAAGGUCUUUGAGUUGGUGUGUACGGGUU